GUGCGCCGAAACCGGGACUUAGUCUCCGCGCGGUGAGCUGGACCGGUUCAAUUUGAGGCAGCUCCUUGGUGUGAGUACAACUCAAAUUAUAAAACUCUCAGAGGCCAAGUGCGCAGUGGAAAACACCUAUAAUCAAAUCUCCGUCAAAAAAUGAGCCUUGAUCAUCUCUCCCAGGUCAACGCGGAUUGUCGGCUGAACGAUUCCCAUAAGUCCAGUAAAAGUGAAGAAAAACACAAACAUAAAGAACACAAGCACAAGUCAAAGGAUCGGGAUAAGGAUCGUGAGAAACCAAAGCACAGCUCCUCCAGUUCCAAGAAUCAUAGCAACAGUGAGCACAAAGAUUCCUCAGAAAAAAAACACAAGGAUAAAGAAAGGGAAAAGGACAGAUUAAAGCACAGAGAUGGGAGCUCUGACAAACACAAACACAAGGACAAAGAGAAAAGAAAGGAAGAAAAGGACAAGAUUCACACCUCAAGUAGCAGUUCUGGAGACAAAGUCAAGAAAGAGAAUGGUUUCACAAGCCCGCCUCGUAUAAAGGAAGAGCCAGACGAUGAUUAUGUUCCGUCCAUUAAGGUGGAAAAUAAGCCGAUGAAGAGAGUCCACGAAGAUGAUGAUACUGAUUUUAAACCCAAGAAGAUCAAAACCGAAGAUACAAAGAAAGCCAAAAAGCGAAAACCUGAAAUGGAAUCAAACAAAAAGUCUAAAGUCAAAGAGCAAGGUGAUGGGCAAGGAAAAAAGAAGAAGAAAAAAGAGGAAGAGGAUAAAUGGAAAUGGUGGGAAGAAGAACGUUAUACGGAUGGUGUGAAAUGGAAAUUUUUGGAACACAAGGGCCCAGUGUUUGCUCCGCCCUACAUUCCACUCCCAGAUGAUGUUAAAUUCUAUUAUGAUGGGAAGCCCAUGAAGUUGAGCCCUCAGAGUGAAGAGGUUGCAACAUUUUUUGCUAAAAUGCUUGAUCAUGAGUACACUACGAAAGAUAUCUUUAGGAAGAACUUUUUCAAGGACUGGAGAAAGGAAAUGAAACCAGAAGAGAAGGCGGCAAUAACAGAUCUCAACAAAUGCAACUUUGAAGAAAUGAGCCAAUAUUUCAAGGCGCAGUCUGAGGCUCGAAAGCAGAUGUCCAAAGAGGAGAAACAGAAAUUAAAAGAAGAAAAUGAGAAGCUUGUACAGGAAUAUGGAUAUUGUAUAAUGGACAACCAUAAAGAGCGGAUUGCAAACUUCAGAAUUGAGCCACCAGGGCUUUUCCGUGGCCGUGGGAACCACCCAAAGAUGGGCAUGCUGAAGAGAAGGAUCAGGCCUCAGGACAUCAUCAUCAACUGUAGCAAGGACUCAAAGAUUCCACAACCACCUCCAGGCCAAAAAUGGAAAGAGGUCCGCCACGACAACAAGGUGACAUGGCUGGUCUCGUGGACAGAGAACAUCCAGGGUUCUAUCAAAUAUAUCAUGCUGAACCCCAGCUCCAGAAUUAAGGGUGAAAAGGAUUGGCAGAAAUACGAGACUGCUCGGACGUUGAAGAAACACGUUGACAAGAUACGUGCACAGUACAGGGAAGACUGGAAGUCAAAGGAAAUGAAAGUCCGACAGCGUGCUGUUGCUCUUUACUUUAUUGACAAGCUAGCUUUGAGAGCUGGUAAUGAGAAGGAAGAAGGAGAGACUGCAGACACAGUUGGUUGUUGCUCUCUGCGAGUGGAACAUAUAAACCUGCACGCUGAGGUUGAUGGUCAGGAAUACGUGGUUGAAUUUGAUUUCUUGGGUAAAGAUUCCAUUCGGUAUUACAACAAAGUGCCAGUGGAAAAAAGGGUAUUCAAGAAUCUUCAAUUAUUUAUGGAGAACAAGCAACCUGAAGACGACCUUUUUGACCGACUCAAUACAUCAAUCCUCAACAAGCAUCUACAGGAGCUAAUGGACGGACUUACCGCUAAAGUAUUCCGUACCUACAAUGCUUCUAUCACCCUGCAGCAGCAGCUGAAGGAACUGACCAACCCGGAUGAAAAUGUUGCAGCAAAAAUACUCUCUUACAAUCGUGCCAACCGAGCAGUUGCUAUCCUUUGUAACCAUCAGAGAGCACCCCCAAAAACGUUUGAGAAGUCGAUGCAAAACCUACAGACCAAAAUUGAUGCAAAGAAAGAUCAAAUUGGCCUAGCCAGAAGAGAACUGAAGAGUGCUAAAGCUGACUAUAAAGUCAAAAAAGAUGAAAAGUGUAGAAAAUCUGUGGAAAGCAAGAAGAAAGCCCUCCAGAGACUUGAAGAUCAGUUGAUGAAAUUAGAAGUUCAAGCUACUGACCGAGAAGAGAAUAAGCAGAUAGCGCUUGGGACUUCCAAACUCAACUAUCUUGAUCCUAGAAUCAGCAUUGCUUGGUGUAAAAAGUGGGGCAUCCCAGUGGAGAAGAUCUACAACAAAACUCAGCGAGAGAAGUUUGCUUGGGCAAUUGAUAUGGCUGACGAAGACUUCGAAUUUUAACCAUUGAAGUGGCUGAAGCUGGGUGAAACGCAGCCUAAGCCACCUCCCUGCUGGAGGAGAUGCAUUUUUAUGUAACCAGAUACGAGGAGAACUCUGUGGUUCUGUAGCUACUGUUUUAAGAGGAAGAAAAGCAAAUUAAAAAUAUAUAUAUAUAUAUUCGCACUGAUUAGAUUGGUGCAUUUAUACUGUUAGAACCUUGCAAUAACUUUUUUUUAAAUUGAGAACUACGGUCCUGUUUUAAAAAAAAUAAAUAUAUAUAUCAAAAGUGCACCUGCUUUAGAACUGGUCACUGUUGAGCUCUGGGAAGGAAUCGUGACUGUUCAGCCGGAACUAGAGACUGAAUGCAUAUUAUCCUGUAUUUUUUUUUCUUUAUUUCUUAAAACAAUUGUUCUGACCCAUGCCCUCAAUGGCUAACUAGAACACAAACCCUGGCAUUCAUUAGAUGUGGUAAACUGCAAAAUCUAUUGUAUUUACAGCAAUGAUUUUAGAUUUUUACCAGAAGGAUGAUUUGAUGUCAAUGUAUUUUUAGGAAUGACACAGUGGCAGAGCCUGGAGCUUUUGGUGUGGUGGGUGAGCCUGUCAUCUAUAGGAAUUGUCCUUUGAGCAGAGCAACCCUACCCUUCCCCCUUUUGCUGGUAUGGAACAUCUUGUACCACUACUGGAGGCAAAGAAAGGGUAGUUAUGUGAGCAAAAUACUCAGUUGGAGCCCUAAGCUUGGCCUGUCAAAAGACAUUGCGGGGAACAGUCAAUUCACCCACCCUAGCUCCACCCCAAGGUGUUUUGAACAACUGCUCCACCACUGAAAUUGUGUAUUGCCUUCUCCUCCCAUAAAUUGGUAAAAUAGAUUUUUAAUAGAUGUAUUGCAGGCUGUUUCAAUAUCUACAAUGUAAUGCUUUUAAAACAAAAUCCUUUUUUAUUAAUUGUUUGGGGAAAGUUGCCCACUUGCAGGUGAACUGAGUUGAAUUGAAUCCGAAGAGGAUUCGAAACUACUUCACCUGUGUUGCAAGAAGCCCACUAGAACAAAAAAACAUAAUACUUGAAGAAUUCAUGGGGUCACAUCAUCUAUGUAGUUCACACUCAGUGACCAUGCCAUGUAAACCAUGUGUUUGAACAGCCAUGGUCAUUCAGUCUCUGAUUGUUGCUCUGGGAGGUUUUGUAUACAGUUUCUUUUAAGGGCAAAUGGAGAGAAAUACGUCUUUGAGGGUUUAAUAGGUCAAAAGCAGUGAAAUAUUGGUACUAUCUUAAAUAUUGUAGCAGGUAAAUGGACCAUCAAGAAAUAUUGGGGUGGGGGAAUAAAAAGAAAUGAAAAACAAACCCCAGAGCAACAUUUAAAAACUGUGAAACUAAUAAUAAUGUGGUAAGUGUGCCGUUGCAUUUCCCAUGCUAACAGUCCAAGCAAACUGUAAUGUGGGGGAGCAUUUGGUAAACAGUGACCUUUUUAGAUCUGGUGUGUGCUUGUGUUUCUUAACCCUUUUUUUAAAAAAAAGGUUUCCUUAUAUGUGACUGAGAUUAAAUCCUUUUUAGACAGAGACAUUGGAUAGUGAUUAACACCCAACAGCAGCUUCAAGCCGGCUGAGGCUUGCAGAGCUGUAAGCUGUAUGUUUAGUUUUUUCGACUUUUGUCAGUGGGAAGUACCUGCAGCUCGAGGUUUAAUUUACUACGAUUGUAAUUAAUUUUAAAGGUGUGCUGUUAAUUAGUACUUUCUUCCUAGUGCAUUUUAAAGGCUCCUUGCACUCCAUCGAGUAAUUAUUUGGGUUGUCUGAAUAAUUAUUUCCAGAUACUUUGAACCAUUUUGAGAAAAGGACAUCUUGAGGCCUUUAUUGCUGUGAAUAUGUAUUUUGUUGUAUUUAUAAAGUUUAAAAAAAAGCAUUUCAGCUUGACUUGGGGAAAACAGAAGUAGACAAGUUAACUCGUUCAGAGACCCUGUCACCAAAGAGAAAGGGGACUUGAUUUAAAUGUGUCCACUGGUUUAAGUUGAUAAUUUUUCUUUUUUUUUUAACUGUGAAUGGUUUUCCUUUUGUUUUUAUGAGACAUGCAACUUUUUAAUGCUUCAACUCAGGUUAGAGAGUGCGCGAGCGAGUGAGAAAGGGUACCAGAAUGAACUUGCCUACAAUUCCAGUAUUUGUGAUUUUUUUUCCUUUUCCAUUUAAAAACUCUGUACCAUUUUUGCCUAACUGGACAGCUGACCCGGAAAUCUGAAUCAGGAGUGUCAUCAUUAUUUAUUUUUCUCUUUCUGUCUCGAUUUUAGAUGCUGUGCCGCUUGCUGUAAUUAGGAGGAGUUUGUAUAUGGUGGUGCUUGCUCAGUUUAGACAUCAAUAGGCGGAACAAACUUUUCUCCUGAUUUCCACUCUUCUUCCCCCUCCCCCAACCAACCAAUGUACACACACAAUCUUCCCCUAAACCAAACACUCAAUGUCCUUUUGGCCACCCAACUGAUUCGAUGCUGUUGUCUUUGGCAAGCGUCCACCCCAUCUGGUGCUCUCAGUUCGUUCUUGACAUCCAUGGUAUGGACUACUUUGCCCAUACUCUGAGUAAAUAAUAUUGAAUUUUGACAGAUUUCAGAUUCAAAUUUUGAUGUGUCUGUUGCUAAGAAUACCUUCUCACAGCUUGUUUGGUAAUUGUGCUUUGUUUUAAAUCAGGCUUCCCGACUUGGGGUUCACAGACUCCUCAGUCAAUGGUUAGAGGUCCAUGGCAUAAGAAAGAUUGGGAAUUCCUGUUUUAGGUGUUAAAGAGGUUGGAGAAGAAUAAUACUGUUUUAAAUUGACAUUUCAAGAGGACAAUGUGCAGAACAAAAUGUCACAGCAUUAGAUGAUACAAAGUACAGGGUGGUUUCACCAUACCCCACCAUUGCAUUAUCUAUCCAGAAUUCUAGAACAGGAUUAUAAGUGGAAUUUAUUUGAUUUAGGAACCAUUUCCAUGAUUUUUGGGAAGCUAAGGAGUGGGCACAGGGUUGGAUUCUUUCCCUGUUUGGACCCAGUUCAAAUCUGUCCUGGAUUACCAAUUAUUAAGGGUAACUUGUAACUUUGGAGGUAGGGAAGCAGACAGACUGCAACAGCUCCUCGGUUAAUAUUCAUCCAUGGGUACCAAACACCUAAUCCAACACGGACAGGUAGGCUGCUUCACAGGCCGGGAGGUGGCAUAUGAAAGGAGAAUGGAAUGACUAGGAAGUGGGGUUUAUUUACUGGGUUUGGGAUAAAGCUAUGCAUUUUUAUUAAGAGUAUUGCAGGAAAAGCUUUAGUUUGCAUCUUAGCUUGUGCUAAUGUAAACUGACAAUACUUGAAGCUGACACCAUAGGAGAAAGUGUUAAUCACUCAGGGCCAGCGCUGACUAAACAUACAGUAAGGAAUCUUCUCAUGGUGGAAACUGAGGGUGCUUGCUAAUACACAGCAUUAUUGCCUAUUCUGAUUUAAAGCCAACUGUUUGGUUAUCUUCCUGUAACCUAGAGUUUGUUAAAAUCUAGGUACUGAAAUUGCAUAUAGUGUGGGAGGGGUGUUAAGGAACUAAAUCUUCUUUUCUCCCAACUUGUCCCAAUGCAAUCCACUCUUCAUACUUAACAAACCUUGAACUCUGCAGUUCUUGCAGACCUUUCUGCUGUGCAUAUGACCCUGUUUGGUGUGUCAUUGAUUGGGGGGGUGGAAAAUUAAUACAAUAUCUGCACUGAACUCUUGCUAUGCCAUUGGGACUCCAGGUGGUAUCAUAAGCAGCCCCAAUAUUUAAAUCUGGGUGAUCUGCAGUGUUGGACAAACUUUUUUUGCCUGUUGUCACCUCACUGUUGGAUAGGGAAUGGAAUCUGAUGUCUAAAAAAAACAGCUUUGGAGCUGUUGGAGGCUAUCUAUUACUAUCAGGCCAACCUCUGUUUACAAACAAAUGAAUCCACAUUGGGCAGGUGCUGUCAUCAUCUCACCAACCUCUAAGACUCCUUCCCUGCUGUCCUGGAUGAAGAUCUGGAACUCUUUCUGUUAGCCUGUCAUGCUGUGACCAUCUCCACUUCCAUUUUAAACUUUUGAUCAUUUUCCAUGUAAACAUUAUUUCACUAUCCCUUCACCCAACCCUCAAAAUUUCUUGUUAAGUAGGGGAAAAAAGCUUGUUAUAAGAUGCACUCGUUAUAGGAAAUUAAAUAUUUUUGCAAUUUAAUGUUGGGAGGGUGGGUGGGAGAUGAGUUGCCGUUUAGAUCUUACCUGAAAGGGUGUUGAGCCAUAUAUAAACUGAGCUGCUUAGUUUUAAAAUGCAGGCUUUUAAAAAAAAGAAUUAAUUUAAACUGGAUUUCGUUCAUCAUUUACAUAGCAUGCCGCUGCGUUGGUGAUGUGUUUGGGCACCAGUUUUUAGCAUGUUUCUGUGCUUCAGCUAUCCAGUUAGGUAAUCCUGUUCCCUGUCUAUAAAUCAUUGUUGAAACGUUGUAGCACAUUUAUCAUGUACUUGUGAAACUGGCCAACGUAUAUAUAAAUAUAUAUUAAAAGAUGCUUAUUCAGUCUGAAUUGUAAUGGGGAAAAUUCUACAUUUUUCUUUGUUCCUCUUGCCUAAAAUUCUCUUUAGUAUGUGCUUUAACCGAUGAGCUAGCAUACACAGACUGAUGUGUACCAGGUUUUUACAGAUUAUUUCUGUAAAUUUAACAUACUGCGAUGAACUGUGCUCAUUUGUAUUUUUAAAUAAACACAUUGUACAUUAUGAAUGCA